GUUUAUAUCCCUAAAUGCAUUCUUGGUGUCGUGCCAAAUCAACCAAGCGAUAUAAGUGGCCAAAAUGGUUAUCCAGGAACGGUUUGUCCAUGUGCUGUGCUGAUCUUGCGCUAAGUCGAACUUAGAAUGAAUGUUUCCUUACAUUUAACUGUGUACAGGAAGACCUUUUCCCAUGGUCAUGAAAUACAAAUGUCUCGCCGGAUGAUACAACAAUAAUUCCAAAAGAAAGGAAGACCCUAUCCGCCCAAGGGGUGAUCGCUGAAGUGUAGAUCAGUGCACGUGAUCCAACAUCGACGGCGGACUUGGCGAACAUGCGCCCCAUCAUGGUCCUUGAACGUCACAGCGUCACAUCGCAACUUCAGAUUCGUCUCUCCAGACUGGCAAACCACCCUCUCUACGCAUCUCCAAUAGGCCUCCAGGUUCUGCGCUCGCCAUAUUCAUUACCGAUCUUUUACUCUUCGCAUAAUCGCCUUUCAACAUGUCCAACCUCAUGGAUACCGAGGCCGGUACCGAGCGCUUCACCAGCUACGAAGCCGAACUCAAGUUGGUGCAAGCCGACUUGAACCAGCAGCUAGAUGAGAUACCUGAGCUUACGGGAGAGCCUCGAAAAGCUUCGAUCGCAAAAGCAGAGCGUGCUCUUGAAGAAGCAAACGAGCUGCUCGGACAAAUGCAGUUGGAGAAGCCUAACAUUCCCGCCAACUUGAAAUCGAAAAUCAACACCCGCUACCGCAACUUCCAAACCGACAUCGAUGCAGCAAAGCGCAAACUCACAUCCCUAUCCGACGAUCGACGCGCCCUUUUUGGGUCACGCUAUACCGAUAAUCCAACCGGAGAUGAUCAGCUCGAACAGCGCCAGCAGUUGCUCUCAGGAACUGAGAGACUUGGCCGCUCAUCCAACAGAAUUCGUGAAAGCCAAAGGAUUGCGCUGGAAACGGAGCAGAUUGGUGCCGGAACAUUGGGUGAUUUGCGAACUCAAAGAGAACAAAUCGAGCAUCAGAGACAAGUCCUCCUGGAGAGUGAGAGUUAUACGGACCGAAGUAUCAAGACGCUGAAGGGCAUGGCUAGAAGGAUGGCUACGAACCGAAUCAUUACGAUUGCAAUCAUUACGGUAUUGGUCUUGCUUAUUAUUGCUGUUAUCUACAGCAAGUUCAGAUGAUGGACCAAGGAUCAGUGUUUUAUUUGGAGGCAUGGCGUUUAGAGGCGAAACUUGUAC